AUGCGGAGUUCUCGGAGACGACAGCUACCUAAAAUUGGCUAUUCUGUUAAUUCAGAUGUAAUUUUACCACAACCCCCAGAAUCUCCAUCGUCACCACAACCAUUAUUGGGAUUGGGUUCGAGUUCGGUUAAUGUAAGGUCUUGCUCACAACCACAACUACAACUGAACCGACUGCCCAUAUCAAAUGAUAUAGCUCGGGUUUCAGACAGCGAGGAGGAUAUCGCUAUAAUAUAUACUCGGUAUCAGGAUCGUAUUGUGUUGAGUUCUGGCUCGGUAUCUACUUUUCAAACAAAGAUGAAUUCAGUUGCUGCUGAAGAUAUUGUUAUUGCAGGCAAUAAUAGCAACUGUGGCGCUAGAGAUAUGGAGAAGCAAAAUGACGACGACGAGGAAGAAGAAGAAGAAAAAAAAAGGGGGGGGAAGGAGCGCGACCAGGUAGAUGAGAUAAAUGGGGCUGUUCUGGUACAUCUGGAUACAUCACAAUUGAGCAAUGAUAAUUUUCAAUGUGUCGAUUUUACUCGCGGUGAGACUGUAGUUAUCCCAUUAGUCAAUGACGUUGUACUUGAAGGUCAAUUAGACUGGAAAAAGUCUCACACUAAUACUGGAAAGAAGAAGAUGUUGUUACGAGAGCAAAAGAAUGUAACAGUUGAGCUAACUAGUAAUGAUUACAAUUAUCUCAAUGAAAACACAGACGAUGACAAUAAUGACAGUGAUGAUGAUGAUGAUGAUGACGACGAUGAUGACGAUGAUGAUGUUCAUUUAGUACAUGAAACAGGGUUCGAUAGAGUUGAGCCGUUUCAUCAAUCAGGCUUAGGAACAGUUGAACGAAGAAAUGAAUCAAAUGGGCAAGAAGGUGCAGAAGUUCUGAUUAAGGUCGAUAAUGUCAGUAAAGAGCCUUCGGAGGAUAGUAGAUAUAAUUCGGAUUUUGAAAGUAAUGUGCUUACAUCUGGCGAGUCGACAAGGGAGAUUGAUAAAAACGAAAUUUUAAAAGGUUUACAAAACGACAAGAUAUUGAAUCCAUUUUUUGUCAAUGAUGAAGUAUUAAUAGAUUGCAAAGAGGAGGAAAUAUUGGAUUGUUCUACCCCAUAUAGUAUUGAAACUGGUGAAUAUGAUAGUGGAAAGGAGACAAAAGAGGGUGAAUACAAAAGUCAAAAGUUUGAGCUGGUCUCAAAUGUUGAUGAUAUACAAUCACGUUCAACUAUAAACGAAUCAAAAUCGAUUAAUAAAUGCAAGCAAGAAUCUGGUUUUUCUAGAGAGAGAGUAGAUGUAUUUGAUGAUAAGGAGAAUGCCACCGGCACCGCCAGCACCAGCACCACUAGAAUAGCGAGAAAACGAAUUGCUUCUAAACCGCUCUCGGCCAUUUGCAAUCAAAAUAUAAAAACCAGAGUUGGAUUAUCCAAAAGAGUCAAGAUUGAUCGAUUACAUGAUCAUAUUAGAAAAAUUAAUUGA